ACCCCCCACCCCCACACUCCCCACCCCCCUUUCUUCUCUAUAGAGACUUGAGAGUUUUUUUCACUUCUCAUUUUCUUAUACAUAACAACUCCAUACAAAAAAUACAUCAAAAAAAAAAAAAAAAAGAAGGAAAAAAAACUCUUUCAGUGUCCAUAAAUAACUAAAUAAAGGAGCAAAAAAAAGAAAAUACCCAAGUUUUUUUUGAAGAAAAUGAUGAAGUAUCAUGUGUUAUUUUUGAUAAUUUUGUCAUGCAUUGUUGUUUCUGGAUUUUCAAGAAAUCUACCAAUUACAGCAUUUGAUGAAGGGUAUUCACAUUUAUUUGGUGAUAAUAAUCUUAUGAUCCUUAAUGAUGGAAAAUCAGCUCAUAUUUCUCUUGAUAAAAGAACAGGGGCUGGAUUUGUGUCACAAGAUCUUUACCUUCAUGGAUAUUUCAGUGCUUCUAUUAAGUUACCUGCAGAUUACACAGCUGGUGUUGUUGUUGCAUUUUAUAUGUCUAAUGGAGACAUGUUUGAGAAGAACCAUGACGAAAUUGAUUUCGAGUUCUUGGGAAAUAUUAGAGGCAAAGACUGGAGAAUUCAGACAAAUAUUUACGGGAAUGGUAGCACGAAUGUUGGCAGAGAAGAACGAUAUGGACUUUGGUUUGAUCCUUCUGAAGAUUUUCAUCAGUACAGUAUCCUUUGGACUGAGAAUUUGAUCAUAUUUUAUGUAGAUAAUGUCCCUAUAAGAGAGAUCAAGAGGACAAAAGCCAUGGGUGGGGACUUCCCAUCUAAGCCAAUGUCUUUAAUAGCUACAAUAUGGGAUGGUUCAAACUGGGCUACAAAUGGUGGCAAAUACAAAGUCAAUUACAAAUACGCGCCGUAUACUGCUAAAUUCUCCGAUUUCAUCCUCCACGGAUGCGCGAUUGAUCCAAUCGAGCUAUCAUCCAAAUGCGACGACGACGCUGCUGAGUCAAAAACUCCAUCAGGUAUCACCCUUGAUCAAAGACGAAAAAUGGACAACUUCAGAAAGAAGCAAAUGCAGUACUCAUACUGCUACGACAUGACUCGAUACAAUGUCCCUCCACCCGAAUGUGUCAUCGAUUCCAAGGAAGCCGAACGGCUCCGAGCAUUCGACCCCGUUAGGUUCGGUGGGUCCCACCACCAUCACGGUAAACGACACCGCCGCCGGAGCAAAUCAAAGUUGAAGGAGGAGGAUGAUGUUGAUGUAUCCUUCAUGUAAAAAAAGACCAAUGCUACAAGUUUUUUCACAUUUGAAAGUUUUGUUAUUUUCACAUGUGAAUAGAGGAACAUAAUAUUGGAAAAUAUUGUUCUGGCAUGUAUAUAUGUCAUACCAAGAUUUUUGGGGCCUUUUAUGAAUUUUAUAAAUUCAAUUUGGUGAUGGAUUUUGUGUACUUUUUUCUAUGACACUUAUAAUAAAUGCAUGCAUAGUACAAAGAUUAUUUAUUGUAUA